CGGUGCAGGCCGCGCGGCACAGAGGCGGAGGCCACAACGGCCGCGGCCAAGAGAGACAGAAGGAAGGCGACACGUGAGCUCUCUCUCACGACUCUGCGGAGUGGUCGAGCUAGUCCAACUUGGGGUUGCCUUGCCUGAUUGCCUCGCCGGUCGCCGCUCGCCUAGCCCUGCCGCGCUCUGUUCUCGGCGCCACAGCGGCAAAUGCUGGCUCCCAGACAGCACCUGUUGCUGCUGCUGCUCCUCGCGGCGGCCUGGAGCGCAGGUCUGAUCUGCAUCGCCGCGGGGGAAAGCGGAGGUGGCUCCUGCGAGCUCUCGGUCGCACGCGGUGGCGCGCUCUACAACUUCAGUCUCGCGGCGCCGACGCCGGCGCACCGCCACGGCGUGCUCAGCGAGGAUGGGUUUUACAGGGUGGCGAUGAAUGAUUCAAUAAUCUGGUUCCAGCUGUGUGACCAGAUGAUAUUCAACUUUGACCCACCUGUGUGUCAUCUCUGUGAGGACUGUGGUGGUCCAUUGAGGUGCGGCACCCAAUGCAGUGCACUUGUGUCAAAUAAUGUUGGAGGGUAUGAUGUUUGCACAACCAUUGGAAGGGCGUUUGGAUCCCAUAUAUCUCUAAUAGACCAGGGUAAUCCUCAAAAGGGUGUCGUUGUCAAGAUGUUCUCAUCAAAGUGCUCUAUUUCUGUUCUCGUCUUUUGUGAUUCAGCUGUAGCCGAACUAUCGGAUAAAUUUAGCCAAUCUGGAAAUUGUGAUUACGUUACAAUACUUAGGCACCCUUCUGGUUGUGCAAGAUCAGUUUCUGCUUCUGGAAAUGGCUGGGGAUGGUUAGGCACUUCGUUCAUAACAAUUUUGUGCCUUCUUGGAGGGUACAUUUUGAUCGGUGCAAUUUAUAGAUAUUAUUUCCUUGGCAUUCAUUCUAUAGAGGCCAUUCCGAACCUGGAGUUUUGGAUCAGUUUACCACAAAAAGUUAAGAGCAUGUUUGUCUCUUCAACAAGAAAUCCAAGAAGUCGCAGCAGAGAUAGCAGAGGUCCAUAUGCCACCCCUGUAAACCAUUGAAAAGUAGGAACCCAAGAACAGUAUUGGCAGCCAUACAGUUAACAAGUAUGUGGUGGCUUAACCUUUUUAUUUGUGCCAUUAUGUUAGGUACCAUCGAUGAAUCAUGUAUCUUACUCCUUGUAUAUUGGUGAUUGAAUAUCUUAUUGUGCUAUUCAUGGGGAGAAGUGAGCCAGUGAUUAUAAUUAAGUCCAGUAGGUCCUUACACUACCUGCCAUGAGUUUCCUUUCGCUCAUUUUCACUUUCAUUUCUGGGGUAAGGCGUAAUCUUCUCAAAUGUAUGAUAGUUGAUACUCCGCUAUUUAUUCACAUGAACCUAUUCAGUUU